AUGGAAACCAAGUACGGCCUAGGGCAAGUUUUGACGAGGGCUCUUGCUAACAACCAGAAGCAGAACCGUCGAGAUGAACAUCGAGAUCACAGCCGAAGUCACAAUGGAGAUAGGCCAUGGUGGUGUGCGUUAUGCCUCAGAUUUAACCAUUCCAUUGAGGAGCACGACGAAUCAUGGCAUUACGAUGCGCAUCGCAGGACUUAUAACCUUCGACUUCGGGGCCCUUACGGUUGGGCCGUUUCUUUCAGUGGCUAUGGCACUCCUUUGACCGGCUCCACUCUCUGCGAUGAUAGACUGUCCCAGGGAUAUCAGUUCGGUACUGAUAGCUUCCACGCUGCCAAUGUCUUCCAGGCUUUGCAGGACCGCCCACACGUAUGCCCGGCUUGCCCUGAUCUCGGAUAUGGCGGGCAGUUCUGUCCAUACCCUUGGACUCCAUUCAUGGGGAUUUCCCAAAGCGCUAGCAGCGAUGGCCCAAUUCGAAACACACCCGACGUCGGCGAUAGACCGCCCCGCAUACAUCUUGGUGAUGGAAUCUCCAUCCUCAACACGCCUGAUGCUGGUGAUACACAGCCUCGCAUUUAUACUGGUGAUGGCUUCUCGGACGGCAACAUGGCCAACGUCGACGCUGGAUUGGGACUAUCGUUUGAUGCUGGGGCACCAUCGCACCCCACCGAGGACUACCGUCUCCUCACUUAG